UCCAGGUCCAAAGUCAACAAACAACCACAGUCUUAAGAUGAGGGAUCCUAUCGGCAGCUGCUCUUACAACCUACUGUAUCAAAAUGUGAAACGAUUUUCAAAAAGUGGGGAGUACUUCUGCAAAGAACUUAUGACAGUUUUUCAGCAAAGGGCUGAGCUGGAACUUACUUAUGCUAAAGGACUGCAAAAACUUGCUGGCAAACUCAUCAGGGCCUCCAAAGGAAUGUCAAACAAUUCCACCUACAGUGCCUGGUGUCAUGUGUCAGAUGAGAUGUACUCAAGAGCCGACGCCCACAGAUCAUUAGGAAAUGCAUUUCAACAAGAAGCAAUUCUGGAAAUACGACAAGUCUUAGACGAGCAUAAUAAGAGGAAGAGGCCUCUUGACAGUGCCAUUGAAAGAACUGGAAAACUUGUUACUGCCAAUUGGAGUGAGCAGCUCAAGAUAAAGAAGAAAUUAGUUGGACUGACAAGAGAACAUGAGGCUCUAUUCAACUUUGUUGAGAACAACAAACAGAUUUGCACAGAAAAGGAAAAACAAAAGAUGCUUAACAGGCUGACUAAGUCGGCAGAGAUGCAGGCGCGGGUGGAUGACGAGUACUUUAGUAUCAACAUGGAGGGUCAUCAGAUGAGACUCAAGUGGGAAAACACACUGAAAAACUGCUACCAGAUCAUACAGGAGCUGGAGAAACAGCGAAUUGAACUUCUGUGCAACAUUUUGAAUAGAUACAACCUCCACAUGUCCAGUCUUGGGCAGACCCUCAAACAUGGCCAAAGACAGAUACAACAGUUGGUCCAGAGGGUGGAUGUGGAUAAAGACAUACAAAUCCUGGUGGAGGAAAACAGAAUCACAGCUGAAGAUAACAAAGCUGAGUUUUUGAUGGCUGACUAUUUUGAGGAGGAUAGCAAAUCACUGAUGGGAAAAGGCCGAAGAAGAGAGGCCAUCAAACUCAAACUCAAGCGUCUGGAGGACAGUAUUACAAAAACAAAGAAAGACUGUGAAGGAAUUGAAAAGCUGAUGAAAAUGUACUCUGAAAAUCCUUCAUUCUCAAACCAAAAGAACCUUGAGGAAACUGAACAGCAGCUUGAUGAGAGCACUCUAAAACUGGAUCUCCUCGAGGCAACUCACUACAAACUCUCCGUAUCACUGUUUGAAUUAGAAGGAAAACCCAGGUCCUCUCAUCGAUUUAGUGACAGCAUUGUGAAAUGGAAAGAUAAGGACUGUGAGCACAGUGUUUUUCAACUGACCCGUCAAGUCAAACUCAGGAGGACACCAUUCAGAUCCCGACAGUCACUUAGAGCUUCCAUCAUUUACAAAGGACCGGCUCAGCUGGUGACACAACAGUCUGUGGAGCCUUCACCAGAUGCAAGUGACCAGGUCACCUCCACAGCUUCAACACAUGAAAAGGAAGCUGUAGAGUGUGACAGCACUGUCAAUGGAGCCCUACCUCACACAGGUGAUGACAAAGGAGAGGGUCAAACAUCAGAGUUGCGCAGUAUGGGAAAAUGCAAGGCCCUAUACAACUUCACACCUGAACAGGAUGACGAAUUGACAUUGAAAGAAGGUAAAUUGCAACUCAGCUGCAGAUUAUUUCAAACAUCAGAAGUUUAUAUCUUAACUAAUAAAAUGAUUUGUUUGUGUUUCACAGGAGAUCUUCUCGACAUUUACACAAAAGAGGAGAACGGCUGGUGGUUUGGUGAACUUAACGGGCAGACAGGCCAUUUCCCGUCAGCCUAUGUUGAGGAGCUGCCUGUCUUUUGUAGAGUCAAAUCAUCUGAUGCCUGACUGACCUGACACAUGAACUACAAAAUGACAAUGGCUGAAAGGCCUCAUAAGAAUUAAAAAUACAAAUCAAGUUCCUGCCUAUGUACUGACUGAUGAUAUUCGUGGCUUUAAAAUUGUUUAUAAAAACAAUAGCACUCAGUUCGAUAAUACAUGUUCCUCUGCUGGUAGGAACUAUGAUUUUUGUCACUGGUUGCUGGAGUUAUUUUGUAAUGCUGUUAGGAUUCACACUGUAUUUGAACUUUUAUAUCCAAACAAUAAUUUUUCUUUUUCAUUAUUUAUGCCACAAUGUACAGCCAAACUCAACUAUUGCGAAGAUUUGAAUAAAUAUGUUUUAAUAGAUUGAUAUGAUUAAUACAAGUGAAAAUGAAGCCCAGGAAAAUAAAACUAUAUACUUCAGAUGAGUAAUAACAUGAAAAAUAAAUGAAAACUGUUUACA